GUAUUUGAGAUGGCAUAGCAUUAAGCAAAACUUUGUGUGUCAGUGUCACUAGACCUUAGCUUAGCUCCAUCAGUUUUGGUUCUGGGGUGAUGCUGGGGCAGCUUGCACUGUGGUCCAAGAUUGCCAAUGAGGCAUCCUGUGGGUCACCAAGAUGGAUAGGGAAGAGCCUCUCUUGCGUAUGCAUCAAGCGAAAAGGAGCAUAUGAGAGAAUAUGCAUGAAUCUUACACCAGUGCAGGAAGAGAGGCUUCAGAGGCUGAGGCAUCGUAUGAAGGUUUAUUUUGAUCCUUCCAGACGAGAUCAUCAGGAAGCUUUGAAAGCUCUUUGGCAUGCAACAUAUCCGGAUCAAGAACUUCAAGGUUUGAUUUCUGAGCAGUGGAAAGACAUGGGAUGGCAAGGAAGAGACCCAUCAACUGACUUCAGGGGUGCAGGAUUCAUCUCUCUGGAGAAUCUUCUGUUCUUUGCGAAGACAUUCUCUGCCUCAUUUCAGAGGCUGCUAAAGAAACAAUGUGGCAAUCGGGCCACUUGGGAGUACCCAUUUGCAGUUGCUGGUGUAAAUAUCACAUUCAUGAUCAUGCAGAUGCUGGAUCUCCAAUCUACUAAGCCAAGAACGUUUGUUCGAGCUGUUUUUAUCCAAAUGCUCUCAGAGGAUGAGUGGGCAUUUGAUCUCCUCUACUGUGUUGCAUUCGUUGUUAUGGACAAGCAGUGGCUCGAUAAGAACGCCUCUUACAUGGAUUUCAAUGAGAUACUGAAGUCAACACGAGCCCAGCUGGAGAGGGAGCUUCUGCUGGACGAUGUGAUGCGGAUCGAAGACAUGCCGUCAUACAGCCUGCUUUGCUAGUGGCCAUAUUGGUUGGAUACCAUGAUUGAGUCCAUGGUUCUAACCCCUGAGUGACUUGAGUGUAUAGCUCCCUCCCUUCCUUUGAUUUCUUCAGGGAGGCAAUUUUUGAUGGCAUGUAGGGCAAUGACCUGUUGUCAUGUUGAAUUUGGCCCUCUGUGAAACAACUCACCCUGGUUGGCACCACAAUGAAUUACUAGCAUUUUAGCAUCCAUUGUCAAAGCUGAUGUUAUGCUGUCAUAUUUUACCCCCAUGGAUCCAUCAACAGAAUCAACUAUUGGUAACCCAGUUUGCAACCUCUGGUGGAAGGUGUGCAGUGAA